AUUUCGCGACGGGUAUGCGACAAGACCAUUCAUGACGCGAAGUGGUGCGACUUGGAGGUCUCGGAACACGCCUUCGCCACCAUACGUAUCCUGAGCGUGGGAUACAGCACAUCUUUAAUCAUACACGACAACUCCACAUACACGAUCGUUUUCCGACCCACCCAAGAUCUCUGAUCCACCUUCAUAUUUAUGAAGGCAAUGGCCAAUACCCAACUCAUGCAGGAAGAACUACAACAAAGCGUAGUACUGUCUGAAGAGGAUGCUGAAUUUGAGGAAGACUUGCCAAACCAAGUAAUCAUGGCUGGUACUAGUAUCCCGCAAUCUGUUGGCGACUCAGGCCCCCCUCUCCAUCCUUAUCCGUCGGGCGUGGACCCGCUCGGAGACGGUGAACCAGAUAAAGAAUAUAUACAUAACGACAUCGAACGUUUUGACGGACAUGUAGAUACCGAAGUUGACACCGCACUCGUAGAUGAUAUGGCACCAGAUGAAGACGAGGAGGCCGAGCUGGAAGAUGAGCCAGCUGAGGAGGAGGAUGCAGACCAAGAUGAAGACGAGUCCAGUGCCGAUGAUGACGUCCAUGAUGACGAUGCCUUCGAUGUUGAUGCCGAGGGUGAAGACGAUGAAGACCUUGGCCUGCGUCAAAUCGACCCGAAUUUAGCUUCUAGUGAUGAGGACGAUGCCGAACAAGAACCUGUCGAAGAAGAUGACGAGAACGAAGGCGUUGGCGCCGUCAAGAUCAAACCUGGUGAUACUGAUGACGAAGAGAGUGAUAGCGAAGACGAAGCCAGCUUGGCGUCAGGCUCUAGUGACCGAGAAUCUGCAGCGGAAUGGGAAGAUGCCGUCGAUAAUGACGAGGAAGAAGAAUUGGAAGAAGAUUCCGAUGUGGCCGACCCUAAUUCGUGCAUUUUCUGUAAGAAAGAUGAGGAACACGAUCCGGGUGAAGACUUCGAAUCUUAUCUCACCUGCAAAGGUUGUGGUGAACACGCUCACCAACAAUGCGCACGAGACGAAGGAGCCCUUGACGAGAAACAAAAUGCCUCGAAUUGGAGGUGCCCAGAUUGCGCUCGGGACGAUAUGGGCUCUGAUUCAGAAGUAGAAUUUGGUCGCGAGGACGCAGAAGGUGACCAUGAUAUGGAGUUGAAUGGUGGCGUGGAUAGCGAUUUAUCUCCUACAUCUACUAACCGAUCAACUGCCCCUAAAGUUGCUCGAGAUCUUCUCCCACCUAGCAUGAGCAAGCCAGACUCACAUUCCGUCUUUAAUCAAUUAGUUCUAGACGAAGAUCCUAUGGACGGCUCACGAGUCCUACGUAAGAAGAGAAAGACGUCGUCAGCCGAACCGGAAGAGGAAGAAGUAAAAUCGGUGCGAAAAAGAAGAAAGAAUACGUCUGAGGGGUCUAUCCAAGAUGAGACCGGCCAAGAUAAUUCGAAUGCAGCGGAAUCAUCAACUAGAUCACGGUCAGGACGCUCUUUGCGGCAUAAAGCGUCAAGCUCAGAGGCAUUAUGCACCAUCGUUAAGAAGUCGCGUUCCAGUCUAGUAGUAAAGAUGCGAGUGGGUGCAACGGAGUUAAAUAAGAUUUUACAAAAUCCAAGAUCACGGAGGAGAAAACGAACUGGUCGGGCAGCCGCAUCCCGCUCGUCGCGAUCUUCUAGAAAUGUUGCAUCAACACGAGCUGCUGCUGUUGCAGAACCACCUCCAAUGGCUCCAUUCUUCCCGUCCAGCUACUCGCAACCAUUCUACUCGUUCUAUGACAAGGAACCAGAUGAGCUUAAGGGAAAACCAUAUGGCGGGAUCUUGACCGAGGAACAAGCAGACACGACUAAGACUCUGCCUACAAAAGACGACCGACGGCGUUUCGACGAAGCCAAACAGAAAGCCGAAGAAGAAUGGAGGAAUCGUUUGCUUGCUAUGCAGGCGGAGGCUGAGGUACCGGUGAAGAAGUCGAGGAAGGCUUCCGGACCCGCAAGUCAAAUCGAAUGCAUCGAGUUUGGAGGCUGGGAAAUAGACACGUGGUAUGCAGCUCCAUACCCCGAAGAGUACAGCCGUAACCGGGUUCUAUACAUCUGCGAAUUCUGCUUGAAGUAUAUGAACUCGGAUUAUGUCGCGUGGCGGCACAAGCUCAAGUGCCCUGCAAAACAUCCACCAGGCGACGAAAUAUACAGGCGCGGUUCUAUUUCAUUUUUCGAAGUUGAUGGACGGAAAAAUCCAGUUUACUGUCAAAACCUCUGUCUUUUGGCCAAGCUUUUCCUCGGUUCAAAGACGCUCUACUAUGAUGUUGAACCAUUCUUAUUUUACGUCCUUUGCGAGUAUGACGAUCUAGGCUAUCACUUUGUCGGCUACUUCUCCAAAGAAAAACGUGCGAGCAGUCAGAACAAUGUUAGCUGCAUUUUAACGUUACCUAUCCACCAGCGAAAGGGAUAUGGACAUCUGCUCAUUGAUUUCUCUUAUCUUUUAACGAAGGUAGAAGAGAAGACUGGUUCUCCCGAGAAACCGUUGUCUGAUAUGGGCCUUGUCUCAUACAGAAACUACUGGAGAUUGAUUCUCUGUAAAUACCUUAUAGACCACAUGCCCGGGGAGAAGUCGCAGAAGAAAGGCCUGAGCAUCAGACAGAUAUCCGACGAUACGGGGAUGACUCCCGACGAUGUAAUCUCAGCCCUUGAAGCGCUACGUUUCCUCGUCCGUGAUCCCGUCACUCAGGUCUACGCUUUCCGGGUCGAUUUACCAUACUGCCACAAAGAGGUUGCCAAAUGGGAAGCGAAAAAAUACGUGAAGUUAAAUCCCAAAAAUCUUACUUGGAUGCCCUAUCUUAUGGGCCGUAGCAAUGCUACGAAUUUCGAAUUAGGACCAGCUUUAAAUACAAUUGCACCGCGCGAGGAAGAUGAGGAUCUUAAGGCUGUCCAAAAUCUUGCAGAGAGUGGUAUCGCAACUGGAGAUUUUGCCAUCACUCAGCCCAUUAACCAAAAACCGCCUCCUGGGGCCGAGCCAUCAGUUCUCGAGUCCACAGAACCUAAUGACAAUGCCGUUAUGGAGAACAGCGAAGAUUCGAAACUUAAUGGGAUUGGAAAAGAGAAUGCAGAAGCUCCUGAGGAGCAUUCAGAAGACCCUAGAGCAUCAACUAGUGCUGCUGCGAGCGCUCCUGAUGACGAGAAUGCAUGGAUUAAACCCUACGAUGCGAUCCCCGUCAGCAGGUUCCAAGUUUUCCCAGCUAUUAAUAAUAGACGCACAGCCAUAUCACGCCUCAACUCUGCCAUCUCUAGACCGGCAUUGCCGCGUAUCCCACCUCCCAGCGCUAGACGAGCUGCGCGACCCAAGGUCCGUCGCUCGACCGGUGGUUCCUCGGUUCGGAAGUCGGCUCCGAAAGCAAACAACGGUAAACGCAAGCCCGGCGGAACUGGUCGUGGUCCCGGCCGUUGGCCGAAGGGCACUAAAAAGAGCGAUUACGGAAACGCGGAUAGUGGACCAGGUUUACCUCCAGCAUGGCUCGAACGGCAGCGUCAGCAGGGACCAACUUCUUCCACGGCCGAUGAAAACACAGAGGAUACCGUCCAGGUACAGACAGAGGCUAGCAAAGGCCAAAAGGGCAAGCAAUUAGCCGUCUUGGCUGCCAGAACCGAAGCCGUUGUCGAAGACAGCGUCGCUUCGACGAACGAUGCUAACGGCGAUAUCGUCAUGGGCGGAACCGACAAUCAGGAGAGUGUAGCUGAAGAGGCAUAACCGGCGCGAAUAGUUCAACUAGGCAUCGUCUUCAAUCGGCGCUCGUGAACAUGUGUAGAAUUUGUGUAUAGCUAGGAUACCUUCUCGAUGGCUUCGCGAAUGGGAUCGGGAGCCUAGUGUGUGUAAGGGAUUCGGGGGAUCGGCGUCGAGGCGAAUAGCAAGCAGGUAGUUAUGGGACUUUACUAGAUACCUAAUUGAGAGCUCGAUUUGUGUUUGUUAAACAGGCGUUCGGAUUUUCGUGCCUGGGAACUGUGGGAUAUGGAUGACUUGAGUUUAUGACUAGAGAU